ACGUGUACGUAUAUUUCUCGUUCUCGCACUGGGUGGAAUUCCUGAAUCGACUAUGACCUUUAUAAAUAUAAAUUGAGCGUUCUACACCUGGUUCGUGGAACUCAAGAUCAGAUUGAGACAUAGUGAUUUGCUUCCCUCUGUCUCUGAACGUGUUACAGAGCUUUCUUUGGUUAUACAGGUCCCCACUGUGUCAUUGGCCCAAUCAAUUUGCAUGCAACAACAGCCAGUUACACCGUUUGGUAGUGGUGAAUGUCAAGUUUACACCAUCUUUAUCGGAAAGAAAGACGAACUUUUUAUCAAUCUGACCCCAUAAACACGAUGCGUCCUUACGUGAACAAUGUUGAGAGAUGGUGUCCUUGAAGGGGUAAUAAAGAUCAGUUGAAGCUCACGGUGUAUACUUUCGGGGCCUCGAGGUAAUUUUAUUUUCUCUUUUAAACUCACACACGGCUGCGUUAUGUAGACUUCUACCAUACGUUGUGAGACAGUCGUUAUCACGAGAGAUCCUCCUCAUUGACCCGGCCUCGAGUGGCUUAUGUAACUUUGUCAUAGAUGGUGAUUGGACUUGUUGCGUGAUCUUGAACAACGGCUCUGCAUGUGAUGUGAAGAAAAACUAACAAAACAAACCAGUAAAAACUCAACAUACUUGGUGUCUCUUUGCUAUCCUUUCACUACCCCCUCCCUACCACUUCCCUACCACUUCCCUACCCCUCCCUACCUACCCCCUCCCGCCCUUCCCACCCCUCCCACUUUGAUCCGGUGCGGAGGAGUUGAACAAAAAUUCAAGAAUUGGAAGCUAGUUUUAGUUAUAGUAUUGUUCCUCGGUUUCUCCGCCGGCGCUAUCAUGUCUCUAGGCCGGAUGUUGAUGAGACAGUUGUCCCCCGUGACGGACCAGGUGUUGCUGACCGGCGUGGCAGGAGUGUCCGACACCACCAUGCUCCUUGACGCUCAAGUCACGCACGUGCUCAACCUGGCGCGCGAGCUGUCCGACUUGACCUACCCGGAGACCCUGACGGAAGUCCGGAGGGUAUCUCUCCGGGACGCCGAGGACGAGAACCUUCUACCUCACCUGGACGAGCUGGCGGACUACGUCCAUGACGUCACCGAGUCCGGAGGCCGGAUCGUGGUGCAUUGUGUAGCCGGGGUGAGCCGCUCAGCCAGCGUGUGCAUCGCUUACCUCAUGAAGCACCGAGACAUGACGCUCAGAGAGGCGCACCAGCGCGUGAAGGAGGCGCGUGAAGUCAUCAAUCCCAACAGCGGCUUCUGGGCCGCGCUUAUCGAGUACGAGUGGGAGCUCAAGGGAAGCAACUCGGUGGAGCUAAUGCCGUUUGUGGCGGGCUCUGUGCCCAGUAUAGACAGCUACAAGAAGGAGAUGAUGUACCGCAUGCGUCUGGGCUGGAUGGACUAUGUGUUUUACAACAUCGCCGUUCAGCUGCUGCUGCUCGUUGUGCAGAUGUUUUCUGUGUGUUUCUUCGUUUAUGAUGUCUGAGCCAUAGACUUCUAUCAUAAUACAUAAGACUUUGCACUCUGAUGUAAUUCCAUAGACUUCUAUCAUAAUAUAUAGGACUUUGUACUCUGACGUAAUUCCAUAGACUUCUAUGAUAAUACGCUAGACUUGGACUCUGUCGUAAUUCCGGCUCACCACGGAGCGCACCAUUUAAUUCUGUUAAGAGCAACAUGAAAGAGAAGGAAGGAAAAGUUGCGCGUGCCCUCGAGACUUCCCCUAUAGCGAGACUUUUUCCACCUUCAUGUAA